AGGUCCCUCGAGUGCUCUCCAGGCUUCCAGGGAAGGCUGGUUGCCUCAAGCUCUUCCUUGCCUCAUGGUCCUUAUAAACGGAUUCAUAGCCCUUUAGCCCCCUGCACGCUUCUGCUGGGGACAGCACUUUGAGCCCUCUGGAGCUCCCUUGCUGAGCCUUACUCUCUUUAGACUUUCUGAACGUGCAAUGUGGUUGGUGGGAUUUGGGGAGGGACCAAGGACACUGACCCCAAGCUGUCCUGCCCAGCGUCUUCUAGGCGGGUGGGGCUCUGCCUGUCCUGAUGUGGUUGGUCUGGCGGUUUGCUGUGGCUUCUCCUCCCUCCGAGGGACAGCUGCCUUUGCCUCUGCCUCAGAUGCUACCCGCCCCGCCCAUGUCCCCCAUCAGCAGGAUCCAGACUUUCAGGAAGGGCAGGGCCAGUCCAGAACCGCAUCCUUCAGCAGAGACUUAUAAGCCAUCUCUUGGAAGGCCCCCUAAUUCCCGAGUGGAGUCUGGCUUACACCCCAGGGCGUGUGUCACUGUGAUGGGCACCUAGAAGUCCAUCCUUAAAACCUGCAUCCUAUCCCUCAAGGCUGCUGGCCGGGUGUGUGGACUGGGGGAGCCUUUCCACAAAACUAGCCUCCUGCCCUGGGCCCGAGGCAGCCACAGGCCUCCAGCCGCUCAGGCAGUCCCCAAGCCAAUGAAUGAUACUGGCAGGGGCUGGGGUUUUAUAAACUCCUUUCUGGUAUUUCCCCCCCCCCCCCGCCCUUCAUGUACAAAAUGUAUAUGUCUCCAUUUUUGUGCUUGAAUAAAAAUAAAAAGACAUUUUCAGACCACACUGGUUCUCAAGUCUGCUGGACUUGGGAGGAAGGGGCAGCCCAUAGGAUUCGGGGCUGGGCGCUGCUGCGGCGAGGCCUGGAGAGCGGGGACAGUUGAGAUGCAAUGAACAGGUCGUCCAGGCCCUUCCUCAGAAGAGUGAAAAGCAGCUGGAAGCUCCGGGAAGCCAACGCGGUCUCUUCCAACGAUGCCUUCUCGUCCCAGUACCUCGGCUUUCAGAGCUGCGGGUCCCGGGGCGGCGCCUCCUGGACGCCGUCGCCGCCACACCCCCGCUCCGCCGCCCGCGCCCACAAGUGAGCGAUCGCCAGAUGCCUCUGCGCCCGCUGGGAGUCCCCGGAGGCCGCGCCGGCCGUCCUCCGCUCACUUCUCGGCUCGCAGGCGCCUCCGUCUCCCCUCGUGGGCCUCGAAGGAACUGGAAAGGCGCGUGACCCCGGGAGACGCGCGGACCAAGGAAGGGCGCGGGGGGCGGGGCGAAGCAGCGUCACCGCUGUGCGCUGCACUUCCGGCGGGCGGCGCUGUGGGCCGCGUGGAGCCGCCCCGCGCUCGCCCCGCCCCCUGCUCCCCCCACCGGAACCCCCGCCCGCAGCGAGGAAGCGCCGGCGCGGGCGCGGGCGCGGACGGCCGGGAUGGCGGGACCCGGUUGGGGCCCCCCGCGCCUGGACGGCUUCAUCCUCACCGAGCGCCUGGGCAGCGGCAAGUACGCCACGGUGUACAAGGCCUACGCCAAGAAGGACACUCGUGAGGUGGUAGCCAUAAAGUGUGUAGCCAAGAAAAGUCUGAACAAGGCAUCGGUGGAGAACCUCCUGACAGAGAUUGAGAUCCUCAAGGGCAUUCGACACCCCCACAUUGUGCAGCUGAAAGACUUCCAGUGGGACAGUGACAAUAUCUACCUCAUCAUGGAGUUCUGCGCAGGGGGCGACCUGUCUCGCUUCAUCCAUAGCCGCAGGAUUCUGCCUGAGAAGGUGGCUCGUGUCUUCAUGCAGCAAUUAGCUAGCGCCCUGCAGUUCCUGCACGAACGGAAUAUCUCUCACCUGGAUCUGAAGCCACAGAACAUUCUGCUGAGCUCCUCGGAGAAGCCCCACCUAAAGCUGGCAGACUUUGGCUUCGCACAGCACAUGUCCCCGUGGGAUGAGAAGCACGUGCUCCGUGGCUCCCCCCUCUACAUGGCCCCCGAGAUGGUGUGCCAGCGGCAGUAUGAUGCCCGCGUGGACCUUUGGUCCGUAGGAGUCAUCCUUUAUGAAGCCCUCUUUGGGCAGCCCCCCUUUGCCUCCAGGUCGUUCUCGGAGCUGGAAGAGAAGAUCCGUAGCAACCGGGUCAUCGAGCUCCCCCUGCGGCCCCUGCUGUCCCGAGACUGCCGGGACCUACUGCAGCGGCUCCUGCAGCGGGACCCCAGCCGGCGCAUCUCCUUCCAGGACUUCUUUGCGCACCCCUGGGUGGAUCUGGAGCACAUGCCCAGCAGGGAGAGUCUGGCUCGAGCAACCGCGCUGGUGGUGCAGGCUGUGAAGAAAGACCAAGAGGGGGACGCAGCAGCUGCCUUAUCGCUCUACUGCAAGGCUCUGGACUUCUUUGUACCUGCCCUGCACUAUGAAGUGGAUGCCCAGCGGAAGGAGGCAAUUAAGGCAAAGGUGGGGCAGUACGUGUCCCGGGCCGAGGAGCUCAAGGCCAUCGUCUCCUCCUCCAAGCAGGCCCUGCUGAGGCAGGGGACGUCUGCCCGAGACCUGCUCAGAGAGAUGGCCCGGGACAAGCCACGCCUCCUAGCAGCCCUGGAAGUGGCUUCAGCUGCCAUGGCCAAGGAGGAGGCUGCCGGCGGGGAGCAGGAUGCCCUAGACCUGUACCAGCACAGCCUGGAGGAGCUGCUGCUGCUGCUGGCAGGUGAGGGCCGCCAUCUGUGCCCCCGACAUGGCCCCUGCCGCUGUGCCCUCACCACACUCCCUCUCUUUACAGCGGAGCCCCCGGGCCGGAGGCGGGAGCUGCUUCACGCUGAGGUUCAGAACCUUAUGGCCCGAGCUGAAUACCUGAAGGAGCAGGUCAAGAUGAGGGAAUCUCGCUGGGAAGCUGAGACGGUGGACAAAGAGGGGCUGUCGGAGUCUGUUCGUAGCUCUUGUUCCCUGCAGUGACCCCAGAAGAAUGACUGGACAGAUGUGAACCAUCUGGGCCAGAGCCUGACCCAGGCUGGCGCCCAGGAUGAAGCAGCCCACGGCAGCACUGGCAAGCAGGCUUCUUGGAUGCACAGUGCUGAGACCCCUCAUCCCAGAGUCCCCAGCCUCCCUCAAGUGACUCUGCACCCGGCAGAGGGUUUGAUGGCCAUGCUGUAUGCUGGAGGGGAGGGCAGGACUCUGGGAGAACAGCAUUUCUUUCACGAGACCUUUGUUAUUCAUUCGCUGGUUACUGGGUCCUGUGUCUGUCCGUUUUGGGGCAUGCAGCCAUCUAUGGCUUUUUGCUCGGAGAAGAGGGCAGGGGCCCCUGCAGGGCACUUCUGUGCUUGCCCUCGCCCUGCCAGCAGGCAGCUGUGCCCCUGGCCUGCCCUUCCUGGGACCUCUUAUUCGACCUCAGGUCCUCCUUGCACUGGAAUGAGGCACUCCAGCACCCCUCAGGGACCACCCACCCCCCAGAACCCACCAGUCUUCCUGGGAAUGCACACCUGCCAGCCAUUUUGGUACUUUCAGUUAAUCCUCCAAGCAUGAAAGUCGUAAGGGCGGGGCAAAUUUAAGAAGCCCUGCCUUGUUCCUGCCCUGGCCUAGUGAGCACUGAGGCAGGGUCCUUGGUCCUCAUCCCUCCCAGCUCCGUUCCUCUUUGGGACCACACUAGCCACACUGCAGGCCUUGUGCUGGAGUUUGAGCCUGGGGACAGGGAGACCUGGGGACGGUCUGACCCAGCACACUCCAGGCUACCCACUUCUAGGCCUGCUUUGCCACUACCCCAGUGUGAAGCCCUGGGCAAGCCCCUUCUUUCUGGGUCUGGGUCUCCCCAUCUCUUCAAUGGGGCUGAUACCUCCACAGCCCACGACAUGGGCACUUAGGAGAACAAAGUGAAUUUAACCUGGAAAAGAAAGACCGUGUUUGAGAUUCUUUUAAAUAAUCAGCAGGUGUUGGUGAUUUCUAGUCCUUCUACCCUUAAAUGCCUUCUUGGGCAAGAGUUGUCUGUCCUCCCUGCAGGAGGCUGAGUAUAAAGAGUGUAAUUCAUUGUUUCUCUAUUAAAUUAUUUUUUCUA